AUGACCUGGUCUAUCCCCAUCAGCUACGAGACGCAUCCCGACAUCAUCGACAGCAUCUUAUCGGGAAUCGACUAUCAUUCGCUCCUCAACCUCCGCUUAGUGGACCAGGACUGGCGCUAUGCUGUGGACUUCUUCCUCGCGGGGAAGUCGUUGACGAUCGACAAGUUCUCGACGAAGAAGGUGCUUGCUCGGAACCGACGAUACCUGCCGCUCCCCGUCUUCCACUUUCGCGGAGAUCCCAUUGCUCAGGCUAUGCUUAUGCGGAGGGUGAACCGCCUGGUCAUCGGUGCCCCUGUGCCUGCACAGAUGAACAAGGCGAUGCGGGACCUGAGUCGGGACUGCUUCGUCAUGCUCAUUCAUCAGCACGGCGGCGACCAGCGUGUGACUCUAGCUGUGGACCGCCUGGUGAUUACGAUCCCUCGCUGGUGUGAUUGCGCCUCUCGACAUCCACGAUCACUCAUUCACGACGCCCGCGAAGUUCUUCUCCUCGUUGGGGAAGCCAGUCCCGGGCAAUCGGCGUGGGACGGCGGUGAUUAUGACGACCAACGGGGUUGCCGACUGGUGUUGGAUGCAGUAACACCGAGCGUCAAGCUGCUCCGGCUACUUUUAAGCAAUGGACACAGCCUGGACGAGAUUGGGUUCCCCGCGGGCGGACACUGUCGAUGGGGCGAUGACUUGAAAGUCGAGCUCGUGUUCACGCAAUCGGCCGGGCAUCGGCACGACUUCCCACCAGACCUCUGCGAGAGGUGGGCUACCAGGCUCGGCAUCGGAAACGGACAAGUCUCCGCUGUCAGACGUCCGGCAGCAGCGCUACUGACAUGA